UCCCAAUAAUCUAAAGCAAUCUGUAAGGACCUGACCUUAGUCCAUCCAGAUCAAUAGGGAAGUGAGGGUGGAAAGAAGAAGAAGAGGAAGAAAUAAGGGGCGCAACCGGAUCGUUUACACUGGCUGUUCCCGAGGAAAUAUAGACUUCCCUUGCUUGCACCUUUUGUUGCUCACAUGCUCACACUGUAAAAGUGGAUAUCGAGGCAAUUCCCCUUGCUUUGUGAGAUUGCAGCAGAGCUUUCCCCCCUUUUCCUGCCACCAUGUCUUUCCCUCAGCUGGGAUAUCAGUACAUCCGACCGAUAUACCCGCCGGAGCGCCAGGGGAUCGCCAACAAUGCCCGGGCCGGGACGGAGCUCAGUCCGUCCGGCGCACUCUCCAACGUCCUCUCCACUAUGUAUGGAUCUCCUUUCGCCGCGGCAGCGCAGGGCUAUGGAGCGUUUCUGCCCUACUCCAACGAAAUAUCCAUUUUCAAUCAGCUGGGAGCUCAGUAUGAACUGAAAGACAGUCCCGGUGUCCAGCACCCAGGCUUCUCCCAUCAUCACCCUGCUUUCUACCCAUACGGCCAGUACCAUUUCGGUGACCCAUCCAGACCCAAAAACGCCACCAGGGAGAGCACCAGCACCCUGAAGGCCUGGCUCAGCGAACACCGCAAGAACCCCUACCCAACCAAGGGCGAGAAGAUCAUGCUGGCCAUCAUCACCAAAAUGACCCUCACCCAGGUGUCCACCUGGUUCGCCAACGCCAGGAGGAGACUAAAGAAGGAGAACAAGAUGACCUGGGCCCCCCGGAACCGCACCGACGAAGAGGGGAAUGUUUACAGCAGUGAUCACGAAGGGGAGGAGGGGGACAAGAGGGAGGACGAGGAGGAGAUCGACUUGGAGAACAUCGACACGGAGAAUAUUGAGAACAAGGACGACUUGGACGACCAGGACGACCUGCAUUCAGACAUUAAACUCGACGGAAGGAGUGACUCUGAGAUUUCUGACAGCUAUGAGGAUUUACAAGGGCCCGACCAGAGGUUUCUUAAGGCCGUGCAGGGCAAAGAUGGCAAAGACGUGGAGAGAGGAGGAGAGCACUUCCACAACCAUCACCACCACCACCACCACCAUCAGCACCACUCUCCUUUGACCAUCAAAGCGGCCCAGCCAAACGAAGAACAGCUCAAACUGAACCAGGUGUCCGGCGUGAGCUCGCCGCCCUCAGAAAACAACCCUGCCCCGGUCCAGAAGCCAAAGAUCUGGUCUUUGGCAGAGACAGCCACGGCUCCUGACAAUCCGCGCAAAUCGCCACAAAUGAACGGCAGCAACUCGGCAGGCCCGGCUGCCCAGACCAUUAUAACCCCGCACAGACUCAUCUCUUCUUGUCCCGUUGGGAAAAUCCAGAACUGGACGAACCGGGCCUUCUCAGCACAUCAGCUGGCUUUACUGAACUCUAACCAUUACCUGGGACUGGCAAACCAGGCUACAGCCACCGGCCUGGCCCUGUACAGCAGUAGCAGGCAAACGGAGGACAAGAGUCAUAGUUCAGAGACUCCACUCACAGGUACAUGUUCCCGACACUGAGACGCGCAUGUAUAAAUAGGCCUCACUUCAAAAACAAAGACACUAGUUCCCCAUUUCCCCCGUCAUUCAAUUCUAUUAUUUUAGACCCUUCUUAUGCCUUCUUCACCUUCUUCUUCUUCGUCAUUUUCUUCUUCUUCAUUGCCUCUUUGUGGAUUUUGUUUCUUUCUAUAGGCCACAUGGAUGAACAGUGUUACAGUGCGUGCGUGUGUGUGUGUGUGUGUGGCUGCUUAAAAACACAGAGAGCGUUUAAGAAAACGUGGAUUUGUGCGACAGCUGUUCUUGUCGUUUAUUUUCAUUUUUAUUAAUUUUAUUUAGUGUACACACACACACACACACACACACACCCUCAGCCCAUUAAACCAAAUGGUUUUCAACAGUAAAUUUCACUGAGCUCCGAGAUUGGCUCUGAUAUAGUUCACUCAGUUUUAAUUUUUAAUUUCCAUUGCCUCGUUUUCAGAGAAUAGUGCCUUGGCUGCAGAAGAGAAGUUUAAAACAGCUUUCCAUCCUCUUCAAAAAAAUUAAAUAAAAUAUGUGAGGCUAUAAAUUAAUAACGUUGAGGAUUUUUAAACGCUGGUGCCAUAUCACGUGUUUCAUUAAAACGCCCGUAUUAUGAUUAGCUUUUAUUCUAUUUCUUUUAUCCCUCUGUUGUGCGCUUGUGUUAUUUCGUCAAGGCCUAUGUUACACUUGUUUGGUCAUGCAAAUGAGCUCAUCGCGAAUUCACUACCGGCAACUGUCACUUUUAUGUCACACGUUGUGUUUUUUUAGCUCCACACGAGGCAAUCAUUGGUAUUAUUUCUUUACAUCACUAUUUGUUUUAUUUUUUUUAUUUUAAACUUUCGUUUCACCCCGUAUAUUCCAGGCCUCAGAACCAACUAGAACAACUCUCGCCUCUCUCUUUCUCUGUCUCUCUCCUUUCCACAAACCCCUCACCCGUCCUCUUUUUUAUUUUUUUUUUUUAUUUGAAUAUGGAAUGUAAAAUAAGAAUAAUGCAUCUCUGUAUACUUACAUUGUAAGCAUGUCCCGUGUAAAACUGCUAAUGUAAUAAUGUAUGAACCUGUA